AUGUCGCACUCUUUCGAGAUAAACGGAAAUUCUCCUUUUCUCUUUCUCCCUGAGCAUCUUCUCAUUUCAUUCUUGAACAAGGCCUCUUUCGAUGGAGCCGAUAUUGAUGAGAUCAUGACGGAAGUCAUAGGCACUCGUAGAUUGUUCCUUUCGGAACCACGCCAUGAGUCCGAGAUCUUGAAAAGCGUACUUCGCAAGGGGCAGUUCCCUUUCACGCUGAAAGGUUACUUCAAGUUUGGUUUCCAGCCUUGUUCCCAGUGGAUAUCUGCGCAGGGUCGAGACCCAAACCGCGGCGAACAGUCAGUCAUUGUCGGUUUUGCGGAGCGAUAUAAGUCUGAAGAGGAUACAAAAGAUGGUCUGAAUAUCUUGAAGUUAUUUUUACAGCAAACACUCCAGGCUAUCGGGGCUUCAGCUUCUGAUCCGUUUCCACGACCCCCUAUCGACCACGUGGUUGAAUGGAUCAAAUGGACCGCAGAUGCAUUGUUUGCUGAUGAGUUUCGAGAUGGCAUCUAUCGCUUUGGGGCCCAAGGCCAUCCAGAGACAGCACCCGACAACGCAGUCGAGCUUGCAAUGCAAUCUUACUGCCCCAGCUCUCUCCUGGAGAACUUUCUCAUGUAUCGCCCAAUUGGCGAAGGGCCACUAACCGCUAGGAGCAAGCUCUGGAGACGUUUCGGUUCUGAUCUGCCUCGAGGAACGCAUCGCGCUGUGUCAAACAUGGAGUGGAUCGUUGCUGGUAUUCACACCCAGUUCUACGGCCGAAAGUUUGGUCCUUUCACUGGUUAUGGUGAGAGACUCAAAGGAUUUGAUUACCCGGAUGGUAUUGCUGAAGUAUACAAGAUCAAGGCUUAUUUGCUUUCGAACGACUACUGUACCGACAACACUGAAAGGGAGGCUCUAAACAAUCUCUCUCAGGCGGUCACCAAGACCCAGGAGAUGAUGCCAUUCACUGGUCGUCUUCAUCAUAGUGAGGAGAGCGAGAAUGAAGGCUUAUUCAGACUUUUCAGUGCUGUAUCAUGCCUCGCUUCCAAUUCUUACAAAACGGAGUGUGAGAAGCUGACUGAGGAGUUUGGCCCACGACGCCAUCAAUUCAUCAUCAAUGAUCGAUUUGAUCCUCGAAUUGAAUGGAUGAAGUAUACAGCUGACGUCAAAAUUCCUGAGUUGCAGAGUGAACCUGGAAAGAAGUUUCGCGAUGAGGCUCUCGACAUCUGGCGACGCUUGAUCAUCGAGCGUGGCGACAGCCGUCGAUGGUGGGAGAUUACGGAGCAGGGUAAGUGGUUCGUUCCUAUUGAAGAUGUCAAGUCUUCUCUCAGAGUCGCAAAUCCAUCUGCUGCAGAUGCUAUGGGUCUGUAA